UCCACUCAGGUCUGACAUAAUCAAGUGAGCAGCAGUAAAAAAGAAAAAGCAGCGACUGCUCAAAGCUGCUCUGACAGCUUUAACUUCAUCUCAAAUGAUUUUAACAAACUUUGCUCUGUAGCGUACGUAGACUAUUCAAACACACAGUGGAGCUUUGUUCUGCAUUUAGUGGGGAUAAUUCACAUUAGCAUGACUUGCCAGGGGGCCAAAUAGGGGUGGGCUUUGGUAAGAGGAACAGGAAGAGAGGAGUCGACAGAGUGAAGGUAGAAAGAGCAGACACACAGGGCGAGAGCUUGUCACGUCGGCGUGUGAAACCCUUCAUAUUCUUUUCUUCAAACAGAUAUUGGCACGUCUCAGGUCAACAAUGCUGUGCUCCGUCUGUUGUGACUUCAAGAGAUGAUGAUUUGAACGGACACAUUUUCAAAAACCAGCGUUUGACAGGGAGAUUAAAAGACUUCACCGCGAUCAUAGCUGAAAUGGCUGAAGAGGGGCUGCUGUGUCCGCUCGUCAUCACCGAAGAAGGAGACAUAACUGAGGGUGUCGCUGAAAAAAGCGCAACAAGCAGCUGGGCUGAAAUCGCUCCGGGCUCCAGUGCAGAGUUGGCUCUGAGAGAGGAAGAGGAGCACACAGGGGAGGACAAGAAUGAAGAAGUCAGAGUGAGCAAAAUGUGUUUAGAAGAGCAGAGCUUGGGGAAACUGCACAGCAACACAGAGGCUGGCCAGACAGGAGAGGAUGAAGAGGUCAAACGGGAAGAAACUGAGAGCAUGAAUAAUGGACUGAAAAGGGAAGCGCAAUCAGAUGAAGUGAUGAGGAUUCCUGAAAAAUCAGAGAAGCCCGGUGUCACAGAGGAUGGAGACAAACCAAAUGACCCUCAACUGGACGUGAAGAGGUUAAACGUAUCCAAGCAACAACCUAAGGGGACACGGAGCCAAGAUGAGGAUCCAAAAGAGGCUCACCGGUUAACCCCUGACUUCCCUGAUGCUCUGUACGAGCUGCUCUGCACCCUUACGGAGGGGAGACGGCUCAAUGACCAGCGCUGCUCCUUCAUGCUGGAGGGUGGCCUCGGGAGACGGAGGUGCCACUCUGUGCCCAGCACAACCAAACCAGCCCACAGAGUCGUCUUUUCGUCCAUGACUUCACUGCAGAAAGAGGAGUUUUUCGAGCAGGUGGCCACCGCUCAAGCCCGCCGCCUUGAUGACCAGAGGGCGCAGCUGGAAAGGUCGCUGCCGCCCAAACCAAAAGCCAGGACUUUCAGAGGCAGCAUAAAGCAACUGUCUUUUGCGAGAAAGCCCGCUCCAGUUCCUGUGCCCAAAGAGGAUCUGUAUAAUAUGAUUCUCACGACACAAGCCCAGGGCAGACUGGAGGACCAGCGCAGCAGAGCUCCAGGUCCCAUGGACGAUGAGGACUUCUUCUCCCUGCUCCUGAGGGUCCAGGGUGGACGCAUGGAAGAGCAGAGGACUGAACUACCACUCAUGCUGGAAACCUGAGAUGGAAAACAAAAAGAAAGACUGUGGCUACGUUGGCUGCCAUUCCAGUAUUGUAGCCUUUUUAGUCAGACUUCCUGUUAAAAGAGCGGUUUUGCUGACCCUGUGUUUUAGGGAAUUAUUAGUCCUCUUGAUUGUGUUUGUCAGUGUUAAAACUGUUGAGAACAAAAACGCUUGAGCAAUGUUCUCGAUGAGAUUGUGAGUUCUUUCAUUCAGCAGAUAUGCUUUCUUUUGGACAAACUUUGCAUUGUGUUGAGAGUCUGCAGCGAGUGGCUGAAAGGUUGUGCGUGUGUGUUCCUGUUCUCGAUGUGGAGGAGGCAGUGUACUGAUCUCAGUUUGUUCUCCUUUUUUGUACAGACGACAUAAAAGGAACAGUUGUGUGGAGGAGAUAAAAGCUCCAAGGCCGCACAGGGCUUCAAAGCAUAUGGAUGAUUCUCCUCCAAUGAUUAACAGAAAUGUACCUGAGCCAACUUUUUUUAAUUUGUCAAAAAGAGAUCUAACACACACUCUUAUGAGGAUAUCAUUUGAUCAUUAGAGCAUGUGCUCUUUCAUUUUUAUUUUAUGUUUGUAACUCCUCAACUGCAAGCAGUGACGCUAACUCUAAAAGGGAGGUGUAAAACCUGCUCUGUAAUUUUUUAUCAUUAAUCAUAAUCAUUCACAAACUAGAUCCGGUUUAAUCUUUCAAAAACAUCCUGACGCAGAUACAUCAAAACAUUCACACAUAAAUAAAGGAGCCUGUGAUGUCCAAUUUACAGCAGUUAACAAAUGAGGAAUAAAAGAUAAAUGUGUUAAUUUUUAACAGAAUAAAUGGACAGAAAAAAAGUUGUUAUCUCAAACUUCCUGAUUUUGGUUUACACGACUGAAUCCCAGAGGCAAACAGUGACUAUUUAUUUAAGCAGAUACAUGCAGUGACAGAAUGACAACUUUACACACAUGGAAGUAGCUGUAAAAACUUAUUAUAAUGUGUGUAUUUUGUACGAUUAAUAUAGACAAGAGGACUUUGUCAAGCCAGUGUUGACAUCAAUACGUGAAGUUCACUGUCGAUAAACUCUGCUUGUAUUUGCUUCACGAUCCAUCUUCCUGUUUUUAAAGGCAUAAUAACUAACUUGCACAAUUUCACACAUGCAACAACCAGCUCUGUGUCACUGGGCAGAAGUGGACUCCUGUGACCUCCUCUGAACUCAGUGGACUCAGUUAAAAAAAUAUAUUUUUAAUGUGUAUUUUAAUGCACAGUGAAGACAGACAGGAAAUGUGGGUUAAGAUAUAAAGGGGGUGAUAUGCAGCAGGACGCCCAGGUGAGGAUUUUUUGUUGAAUUAUUUGAAAUAGUGAAAUAAAUAAGGGUGAGCAAUUAACAUAUCAAAAACCUUUAUAGUAUCAUUUUGCCACAUGACCUUCUUUCAAUGCCUCUGCUGGAAAGUAUGAGAGGCAGCAAACAUGUCAGACAAAGGAGAGGGGCGGAGGGGGAGAAGAGGAAAAGCAUGUGACAACAAAGAAACCACAGUUUUUUUUUUUUAAACUGGAAUAAACAACUUGCAGGUUGAAUUUCUAAUCAGGUUUAAGUUUCACUCCUAAUGUGGAAAUGUACAUUAUUUGUUCAAUAGUUAUACAUAAACAUGUGCGGUAACUAUUCACACACACUCCAUACUGUUAAAGUUUGACUGUAUAUAGCUUUGGUUUUGUAUUGUAUUAUUAUCUUUGAGCUCUUUCUACCUUGCUUUUCAUUUAAUUUAACUAUCGCACUGCUGAGCUGACCGGUUUCUUCUUGCCCAACAUCUUUCAUUGUACUGUUGACCCUGUGUUAACUGGCAUAUGACAAAUAAAGUUGAAACCUAAUGCAAAGGUUUGACAGAUAAUUAACAA